AGCGAAUCGAAAGCUUCCUGCCCAAUUGGCAAUGAACUCCGCGAAAGCAUUCGGGAAUCGCUAAAACCAAAACCAGAAAUUAUAAGGGGACGACUUUAAAAUCUUUUUUUUUUAUAAAAAAGAAAAAGAAAGGGUGGAAAAGAAAGUUGGAAUUAUGGAAUUCGGUGGAAUUAUUAGGACGAGCGAAGGAGAGGAGGACUGUUGUUGCUGUUGUUGUUGUUUUGAUCCUGAUCUUUGCCUUCCUUUUUCCCGUUUGUUGGUGUGCAUCGUCAUCGAAUCCAGAGAGGAAACUCCUCCUCAAUAUAUACACGCUCGAUUCCUUCGUUCGAGGAGGAGGAUGGUGGUGGUGAUGGGGGCGGGGCGGUGAUGAUGGGUCUCUUCCUUUGGCGUCGCGAUUGCUGCGGAUGAUGUUGUUUAGAUAAGAGGGGAUUUGGGUCUUGCUCGCUUUUGGGUGUUCUUGGGGAACCCUAGCGAAAGGGGCGGUUUUGGGGAGCUUGUUCGAUCGGUUCGGUCGCUAGGGUUCGUGGGUGCUUCGGUUUUUGUGUGCUCCGGCGAUGGAGGAGGGCGGAUCGGAUGGGGAGAAUCAGGGGAGGAGUCCCGGGAAGGCGGGGAAUUCUGGGGAGGGGCAGAGCAAGCCCAAGCGCCAGAUGAAGACGCCGUUCCAGCUGGAGACCCUGGAGAAAGCUUAUGCGAUGGAGAUGUAUCCGUCGGAGGCGAUUCGGGCCGAAUUGUCAGUGAAAUUGGGGCUUACCGAUCGGCAGUUGCAGAUGUGGUUCUGCCACAGGAGGCUAAAGGACAAGAACAACUCGUCGGAGAAGAAAUUGCGGAAAUCUGCAGCUGUUGUGGGGACGAAAGAAGGCAUUGAAGAUGGUCUGAUGGCUGCAGCUGAGCCAGGAAGUGAUUAUGGGUCGGGUUCGGGCUCUGGUUCGAGCCCGUACGCGAGUAGGGAGUUGCAGGGGAUGGUUCUGAGGAGAGACGGACAUGAUUCAGCUACUGGUAGGGGGUGUUAUGAGUCGCCAAGGACCAUAAUGGAGCUUAGAGCGAUAGCUUGUGUGGAGGCACAGUUAGGGGAGCCUCUGAGGGAGGAUGGACCUAUUCUUGGCAUGGAGUUUGAUCCCUUGCCUCCUGAUGCAUUUGGUGCUCCUCUAGUUGCAGAUGACGAGCAGAAAAGAUCUCUGAAUCCUUAUGAUGGCAAAGUGUAUGUUCGACGGGAUUCCAUGUCAAAUAAGGCUGCUUCGAGACUUCUCCACCAUGAGUAUCAGUUUCUGCAUGACCAGCCUAUAAGAUACCAGACACCUGGACGCGUUGCCCAAACUCACUAUCAUGAUGUCCCGGUGGAUGGCCCAACUACCAGAAUGUCAUCUAUUCAUGGAAGUGAGAAGCUGCCUAGUGUCGAUGGUGUCCGAGGUCACCGACUGCGAGUAUGCCGUGUCUCACAAGAAGAUAGAGAAGGAAACAGUGUUUUAUCCCCUCCAGGAGAUGAUCAUUCCCUUCAGCCGAGAGAAUCUUUUGCUAACAUUCGAAUGGAUGCUCAGCAAGGAAGCCACCCAUUUAUCGGUCUAGAAGAUUCUUCUACGCUGCCUGACGGGACAAUUUUGCAUGAUACUUCUGACCUGCAUGUUGAGAGAAAACGCAAGAAUGAAGAAGCCCGGAUCGCUAGGGAAGUUGAAGCUAAUGAAAACCGAAUUCGCAAAGCACUAGAGAAAGAAAACAUUUUGAGGAGAAAGAGUGAGGAACGAAUGAGGAAAGAGAUGGAAAGAUUUGAUCGUGAAAGAAGGAAAGAAGAAGAAAGGUUGAUGCGUGAACAGCAGAGAGAGGAGGAGAGAUUGCUACGUGAGCAAAGGCGAGAAAUAGAGCGACGGGAGAAGUAUUUGCAGAAAGAAUCUAUUAGGGCGGAGAAAAAGAGACAAAAAGAAGAGCUUCGUCGAGAAAAAGAAGCAGAGAGACGAAAAGCUGCGGUGGAGAAGGCCACUGCUCGCAGAAUUGCCAAGGAAUCCAUGGAGCUUAUGGAGGAUGAACAGCUGGAGCUGAUGGAAUUGGCCGCUGCAAGCAAGGGGUUGCCUUCAAUUGUUAACCUCGAUCAUGCCACUAUGCAGAACCUUGAGUUGUUCAGAGAUUCGUUGAGUGCCUUCCCUCCUCAGUCUGUGCAAUUAAAGAGACCAUUUGCAGUUCAACCAUGGACCAAUUCAGAGAACAUUGGGAAUCUUCUCAUGGCCUGGCGAUUUUUUCUUACUUUUGCAGAUGUACUUGGUCUAUGGCCCUUUACUCUUGAUGAGUUUGUUCAAGCUUUUCAUGACUAUGAUUCAAGAUUGUUGGGCGAACUACAUGUUGCUCUUUUGAAGUCAAUAAUUAAAGACAUCGAAGAUGUUGCGAGGACACCUGCUACUGGUUUGGGUAUGAAUCAAUAUAACACUGCCAAUCCUGAAGGGGGACAUCCACAGAUUGUUGAAGGGGCAUAUGCUUGGGGUUUCGAUAUACGCAAGUGGCAGAAGCAUUUGAAUCCAUUGACAUGGCCUGAAAUACUUAGGCAAUUGGCAUUAUCUGCUGGAUUUGGUCCACAAUUGAAGAAGAGAGCUGUUGCACGACGUUGCCGGCAAGAUAUUGAUGAGGUUAAAGGUUGUGAAGAAGUCAUAUCUACUUUACGCAGUGGUUCAGCAGCAGAGAAAGCGCUCACCGUCAUGCGAGAAAAAGGUUUGUUACUUCCUAGGAGAUCUAGGCACCGAUUGACACCCGGAACUGUCAAAUUUGCCGCUUUUCAUGUUCUCUCACUUGAAGGAAGCAAGGGGUUGACUGUAUUAGAACUGGCAGACAAGAUUCAGAAAUCUGGACUGCGAGAUCUCACUACAAGCAAGACACCAGAAGCUUCCAUUUCUGUUGCUUUGACUAGGGAUACUAAACUUUUUGAAAGAAUAGCUCCGUCAACCUAUCGUGUCAGAUCUGCUUAUAGGAAGGAUCCAGCUGAUGCUGAGUCAAUAUUGGCAGAAGCCAGAAAGAAAAUAAGAAUAUUCGAGAAUGGAAUUUUAGCUGGAGAAGAUGCUGAUGAAGUGGAAAGAGAGGAUGAAGGGGAAAGAGAUGAAGAAUUUGAAGGUGAUAUUGAUGAGGAUCCUGAAGUCGAUGAUUUAGCCACUACAUCAAGUGCUAACAAUGAUGUGGACCGUUGUGGUCAAGCGAAUGCAUGUCCAGAAAUUGGAAAGGAGAAUGUUUCUGGUGAUACAAAUUUACCAAAUGAGAUUGAAGGGGACAUAGAAUCUUGCACUGUGGCUGCUUCCAUGGAUGUGUGUCAUCCAAGCAUUGCCACUGAGCACCAUAAUGAUGCUGAGGAUUUUUGUGGUGGUAAAGAUGAUCAAGAAAGUGUAGAGAUUGAUGAAAGUAAGUCAGGUGACUCGUGGAUUCGUGGACUUACUGAAGGGGAAUAUUCUCAUCUCAGUGUUGAGGAGCGUCUGAAUGCUCUUGUUGCUUUAAUUGGUAUUGUGAAUGAGGGGAACUCGAUUCGUGCUGUUCUUGAGGACCGGCUGGAAGCAGCAACUGCUCUUAAAAAGCAAAUGUGGGUAGAGGCACAGUUGGAUAAGUCUCGCUUGAAGGAUGAGUUUACUGCUAAAGUGGAUUUCUUGUCCUUAUUGGGGAGCAAAAAUGAAUUUCAGCCUCCCAAUUCUGUGGUCGAUGGCAGCCAAAGCUCCUGGCUUCUAGCUGAUAAUAAAAACAAUGAUGUUUCUGCAGAGAACCAAAAAUCAUUGCAUGGUCCAGAAGGUCUCCAGAAUGACUCGAGCAGUGUUCCAACUGAAAGAUUCUCGGCUGUUCAGGAUUCUUCUGGAGGUCCAGAUAACUUCUCCAUGCAAUAUGGACAUGCUUCAAAAAGGUCACGCUCUCAAUUGAAGUCUUAUAUUGCUCAUAGAGCUGAAGAGAUAUAUGUAUACAGGUCCUUGCCUCUUGGUCAGGAUCGCAGGCGAAAUCGAUAUUGGUGGUUUGUUGCAUCCGCCUCGAAAAAUGAUCCUGGUUCAGGCAGGAUAUUUGUUGAGCUACAUGACAAUUCUUGGAGGCUUAUAGAUUCGGAAGAGGCUUUUGAUGCUCUUUUGAUGUCCUUAGAUACACGUGGGAUAAGGGAAUCCCAUUUGCGUCUAAUGCUGCUGGAAGUGGAUCCCCUAUUCAAGGAGAAUGUUAGAAGGAGCUCACAGGCCAAAUUCUUCUCAAGGGGUGGACUCCCUGUUAAAAACGAAGCAGCUGAAAUGGAUUCUAGUCCUGAUUGUCUUAAUGAUUUUGACAGUCCUAACAGUACAGUCUGUGCUUCAAACUCUGAUUCAUUCGAGACAUCAUCAUCGAUCAAAAUUGAGCUUGGUCGAAACGAAUUUGAGAAGAAGGCUGCAUUGAAGAGAUAUCAAGAUCUCCAGAAGUGGAUGUGGAAAGAGUGCCGCAUCUCAUCCUCAUUGUCCGGCGUAAAAGUCGGGAAGAAGAGGUGUGACCAGCUGUUAGGCAUCUGUGAUGGCUGCCUCAGCACGUACUUCUUUGAGGCCAUCCAUUGCCCAUCUUGCCACAGGACUUUUGGCAGCGAGUUCGACUUUUCACUUAAUCAUGUGGGGUGUGAAGAGAAAAGGAAGUUGGAACGUGGGUACAUCCAUAUUUUUGAUUAUUCUCUUCCCCUUGGAAUCAGAUUAAUCAAAGCGAUGUUAGCAUAUUUAGAGGUUCAUAUUCCAUCAGAAGCUAUUCAAUCGUUUUGGCUGGAAGACAUGGACUGCCGAAAGACUUGGGGUAUGAAGUUGAAUGCAUCAUCAUCCACUGAGGAACUUCUGCAGAUGGUAACUCUACUCGAGGGUGUUAUUAAGCGGGAGUAUCUAUCAGCGGACUUUGAGCUGUCAAAGGAAUUGCUGUGCUUGGUGAGAAAUGCUGGGGAUGAAUCAAAGAGCUCUGAAGCUGUUUCUGUUCUUCCAUGGAUUCCACAGACUACUGCCGCCGUGGCUUUGAGGCUUUUUGAGCUGGAUUCUUCUAUAACUUACGUAAAACAGGAAAAAUCUGAGCCUGGUGAUGAUAUGGCACUGAAGGAUUACAUAAAAGUUCCUGCGAAACCCUCGUUGCGCAAGCUCAAUGAGACCAAACUAUCAGAGGGAGAUCAAGAAGAACUACAGAUGAAAGUCCUUUCUGCUGAUGUCAUUAAAGGUCGCAAUAGUAGAAAACGUGGACUUGGGAGCCGUGAUCGAAGCAACAGUAGAAUGCAUCAGAGGAGACCUGGUGCAAAACCCUUUACCGGUAAACAGAAUUCUCUAAAUGUCGAGAGUUUAAAUCGGGGGUUUAAUCAACAGGGGCAAGGCUAUGGGCGGGGCCGCCGGACAUUGAGGAGGAGGAGGACGGAAAGCAUGGCUGUUCAGGGGAGGUUGCUUGGCAAUAUGGUGGAUACAGGGAGGCCAAAGAUAAUUGAGGACUCUACGGCAGUUGAGGAAUGGGGCGCUGAACAGAAAAGUCCAGUGCGCUUGGUGACAGCUGAUAACAGUAACAGCAUGGAAGAGGCAGAAUCUGAUGACAACGAAGUAGCGGCUUACGCAUUUGAUAGAGGAAAUUGGGAAGUAGGGUUAGGCGGUACUUCAAAUGGGUGGGGUAAAAUGGAGGUCAGUGACGAGGAUGUAGAUUCUUAUGACCAUAAUAAAGAUGUAGAAGAUGUCGCGGAUGAGGACUCCGAGGGUGAUGCGGAUUUAGGUGACGCUGACAAUAUGGCUUUAGACACAAUCCCGAAUGGCGAGAGUUUGGACUCAGCUGUAUCAGAAGAUUACAGUGAGUGAAGGAUAUCGAGGUCGGGUUUCAUAGCAGUACCAGUAUUAGGGCUAUUCAUGAGUUGGAUUAAAAUUUUGAUGGUGCAAUAUGUGUAGCAGCUAACUCUCUGCUAACUCCUGCCAAGAACAAUUCAAUGAGUUUCCCAGCAGAUUCAUCCGGGAAAAUAAAGUGUAGUCCAAUUAAUGAAAUGAGGUAUAUAGUUGUAUUUUUGUAUUAGGGUCAAUGAAGAGAUAGUGAUUGUUCACAUUGCUUCCCUACAGAUGAGCUAUUUAAUUAGAAAUUCUUUCAAAAUUGUGCUAAA